ACUUCCCUCAUCUCCACUUCCAAGCUUCAAAGAUUCCGAGGACACCCAACCACCUUUGCUAACUCUCCUGUUCCCAUUAUAAGCCAUGUCUCUAUAUAUAGAGUUAAAGCCUGUUAUUCUUUCUCAGAAACAAACCUUCAAAACUUUCAGGCACCCACCUAAGGCAAAGCCCUCUUAUGUUAUAUUGCCAGUGUCACCAUGGAAACUCCUGGUUUGCUAUCUUUACUUAAACACAGUGUGUCCAGUGACAAGAGAUCAAAGUCGGCUGGAGGACUCUUUCGCAUGUUCAAGCUCUUCCCUCAACUGAACUCAGGGUGCAAGAUGGUGGCACUACUUGGGCGACCAAAGAAGGCUCUCCUCACCAACAAGGCUACAAUAGGAACUCUGUUUGGGUAUCGUAAAGGAAGGGUAAGCUUGAUCAUACAAGAAGACCCCAAGUGUGCACCCAUGUUCAUUAUAGAGCUACCUGUGCACACAAGUUUGUUCCACAAGGAGAUAGACUCAGGUCUAGUCAGGAUUGCCUUUGAGAGUGAGAACAAGACCCACAAGAAGAAGCUACUGGAGGAAUUUGUAUGGGCUGUGUAUUGCAAUGGGCGAAAAGCUGGAUAUUCUAUUAGAAGGAAGCAAGCUUCAGAUGAUGAGCUUUAUGUGAUGCAGCUCUUACAAGGGGUUUCCAUGGGGGCUGGUGUUCUUCCCAGUCCAUCUGAGAAGGAAUCAAUGGAGGGGGAGCUUACCUAUGUGAGGGCCCGGUUCGAGAGGGUGACUGGAUCGAAAGACUCGGAAGCCUUCCACAUGAUUAACCCGGAUGACAUGGCUAGACCGGAUGCUUCAGGAUGGGGUGCACUUGUUCUGUUGCCAGGCUCAUCUCAAGUCCAAGCUAGAGUCGGGGAUAGAGACUGCAGCACAUUGGAGACCUCACCUUCCAAUUGGUGAAGAUCCUUAGAGCUCCAACAAUCAUCAGAUUGUGUUGAGACAGUGAACAAAUUCAAUUCUGAUCCGUUUGAUGGUUGGGUUUCCAAAUUUUUUUGUUGAAUUAUGAUAUGUUCAGUAAGUUUAGGACUUCAUGUUGAGCUAGCUGAUCAGUUAGCCUGUAAACCUAACCUUGGAAGACUUUCUGGAGAGUUUGUAUGAGACCAUGUCUUUCCCUACCUUACUUGAAUAUAUAUGCUUUCAUUCCAUAAAAAAAAGUUCACUUGCACAAAA